GUUCUUUAGAUGAUGAUUCCUCAGAAUGUUCGAGUAAUACUCAACCUAUAAGUAAUACAAUGCCGUCCACAGGAUUGAAUAUAGGCGUAGUUAUAGGAAUAGUUCUUGGGGUGCUACUGAUUACAUGUUUGGUGAUUGUGAUCAUUAUUUUCAUUAGAAGGUAAAGUAAGAAACGCUCGCACUAUCAUUACGCUUAAGUUCCACCAACCGUAAAAUCUAUUCAAAACCUUAAGUUGUCAAGGAUGUGGUCAAAACCUCACAGAACACUUCAUGAAAAACAACUUAUUACCCGUUAUCACAUAUCUUGACAAAAUGAGACGUGGUAUGAUUUCCAAUCCGAUGUAACAAAGUUUGCUGUUAAAUUAACAAGAAAUGAGAAAGACAACAUAUGAAGGAAGAAAUAAAAAGUCAUUAAUUAAAACGAAGUAGAGAACAACACCUUUGCAUAAACAUGACAAAAAGACAGACAUCAUUAGGUGUUACAGAAGGGAACCGUAUACUGAGACAUAUUUCUUCCGAAAUUCAAAGUUUAUUCUUUAACAAAAUAUACUUGAUGAACAAUAUUUUCUCAUUGUUUACUAAAAAAUUACCUCUGCAUGUACAUGUACAUUCAUUCAACGCUAUCAAUGUUCAGAUCUGGGGGCAUACACACUGAUUACUUUUCAAAUUGCUUCACGCAGAAAUUAUCGAAAUCCUCUCAAUACACCAAAACAUUUUUCUUCUGAUGAUGUCAAAAUUCUAAACGUCAUUCAUUAUAUAACGGACUUCAAAUGUGAUAAUAAACUAAGAAACAAAGGAGCGGAUGGGAGACAUGGGUUUGAUAUUUUUGGGGAAAGUGUUAUGAAAAACUCUUUGAAGUUUGUUAUGAUAUUGCUUGAACCAGAAGAAGUUUAGUUAAUGAUAUUUAGUUGGCAGUAUUACAUUUAAAAAUAGAUUUCAAGUCCCGUUAUUUGGCACUAUUUUCGCCAUUAUGUUUUAUAACUUCAACAUUUGUGUAUAUCUUUAUCUCAGCCGCUUAUCUAUUUCAUUUUAAAAUUCUAUAAUCCCUACCUAAAACUUUGUAUUUGUGUUUGAAUAACAUCUUAACAAUUCAUAUACAUGAUAUAGGAGCAUUGGUCCAAAGAACAAGAAUGAAGAGCAAAGUAGUGAUAUGAGUAUCAGAGGGAAUGACUACACUGGAACCCAAGAUAUAGCAAUGCCGAUCGCAUGUGAACACAGACCUCCAAAUCCUGGCUUAGAAACGGAAACAAGAGACGAUCAAUAUCAUGACAUAUCUGAUAUGAACAAUGCUUCACAUAAAAACAUUUCAGAUCCAAGUAAUUACAUUAAACUUAAUAAUAAGAACAAUAAUGUCGGUGAUCAGAGGUCUCAUAAUGAUAUUUCCAGUUCGCAUUCCACUGUUAACAAUUAUGUUGUUUUAGAUCCAAAUGAAACAGGUUUCAACAGAUCUGAAGGUCCAGACAACAUGAAUGAGUCUUAUGAACUUGCACAACCGAUUCAUCAUAUCGAUCAUUCAAAGGACACCGAAUGGGAAAGAAAAACAUUAGAUGAUGUCUAUGCACAUUCUGAGGAAGGGGUGUAUGAUUCUUCCAAUGGAAACCGUCACAAAGAAUCCGAAAGCAAUGUUUACAGUCACGCAGUUGAUAAUGUCUAUGAUAGUUCAAAUCAUACAAGAACAAGUGGUGAAACAGAAGACAGUUACGACCAUUUCACUGGCAAGAAAACAGACGAUGAUUAUGACAUUUCAACUAUUUAAAUAUUUGAACAAAUGGAUUAACUUUACUAUGAAUGCAUACAUAGUUGGAUAUAAUCACAUGUAAUCAUUUCAGUAUAAUAAUGUAAACAAAAUAAUUGCGACAAUCAAUUUUCGUAACUGCCUCUAUCAAAAAAAAUGACGCGAAAAUGAAUCUUCGUGAUUAUAUAAACUAGGAUCUUCUGUUAUACAGAUACAAAGAAAAAUAGAAAUUCUCUAAUUACCUGAAAAAAAUAGCUUCUCCACGUAU